UGGCCCUAAGCCCGAUAUGGCAGUUGGUUUGAAUCGUCCGGUCCGAAUCAAUGGCAAAAAGUAAAUAGAUAAAAGGAAAAGAGAAAACUUGAAGCGGUCGCCGGUGCCAGCGAUCGGGGAAAAACAAAAGCGCCUCCGGUUCUUUGUACCUGCGGAGAGUGAGCCAGAGAAGAAAAGGGUUCGGCAGAUCGAUUCCAGAUAAGAAGGGAAAGGAAGGAAGAGAAAUACUCCUUUAUGCAACAGAGGAAGGUAGCGGUCUCCGGGCGGCCGUCGGGAACCGAUGGCUCCGAUUUCUCCUACCGCAUGGUCGUGGAUUCCAGAUACACCAAGGUUGCGAAAGGGAAGUCUCGCCUUCGAGCUCUGAUUGCGGCCCAGACUGUUAAUCAAGUGAUUGGAUCUUUAUGGGCGUAUCUGACUACAUUACAAGUAAAAAAUGUUAACAGUUUUGCUGUCCUAUCAACCACUAUUGGCUUCAUUUCUCUUAUAAUUGGAGAAGUAGGCCGGAGGCGCAGCCGAGCUAAUUUGUUGAGACUCUACAUGAGCAUGUCAUCUAUUGCGACUGCAUUUGCUGUUGCAUGCAUGGUUAGAAGUGAAAUGUUCUUGAAGGUUGUCCAUAAUCACAACAUUUCGGCCAUGUCAACUUAUGAACUUAUUGAGGCUCUGCAUGUUUUACUCAGCAUGGUGUUGCAAAUAUUUGUUAUCAUCACGACAGUCACUCUGGUACAGAACAUGUCUACCAGGAGAGUUCCCUAGGUUUGUAAUGCUAGCUGCAGUACUUUACUUAUCUAGAAAUUACGUAUUGACAUGUUGUAUCAAAUGAAGUAAUGCGUUACUUUUGGACGGUAAAUCGGUCAAUAUACUAAAGAAUUUUUUUUUUUGGGAGAAAAUUUUGUCCAUUUAGUCCUGUGAAGAUUUCCUCCUUAAUUUUAUGAUUGAA